GGCGGGCAUGCGCAGAACGCGAUAGCAGAUGUGAAGUGCUCAGGAUGAAAAAAGAUAAUAUAGAAGUUGGUUGUUUAAGUUGUAUGUGUGUAUCUACUUUUUUCUAUCCGAGGAAGGAUCAAGGAGAAUAUCCAAACGUACUGUGAUAUUCGAAUUCAUUGCGCAGCCGAAAUAAUGAGUACGCCGAACUCUGUACAAUAUUUCGUUAUGAAAACGACUUCCACCUUCUGUUGCCCUCUCAUUAUGACCUUGAUGGGUUUGAGAAGACUGAAGUACUGAGCAGGGAACAAUGUUGGUCCUACUGCAUUCGUAUUCUUGUUAAAUAAAUCGCCAUCUGCAAUUGGUUGAAGAUCAUCUUGCGGAGUCGCCUUCAUUUGUUCGAGACUGCAAAGUUUGCUAUACAAACGUCAAAUAGGAAGUUGGGUUAUCUCAAACUCAAGUGUGUUUGUUUACAUCUUGUCUGCAUCAUUCGUGGGACUUCAUUAAUAUCAAACGUUUGUGACAAUAACUGAUAAAAUGUAGAAGUCGAGGGAUAUGUGGUAUUGAAACAAAUAGGGGAAUGGAUGAUUCAAAGAGAAUGAUUAUGAUGAGAACUGUACAAAUACAAAAUGAAAUGGUGAAGAGAAUAAAGAAUGCACAGGCAGCUAGAGAAAGAAGACAAAAUCCUGUUUUUAGAGAAAAGGAGAGGAUGAGAAAUUUAAUUGCUACCAGACUACGAAGACAAGACCCUGAAGUAAGAGAAAAGGAGAGAGAACGAAAUCGCAUAGCAAUGAGAAUAAAGCGACAAAAUCCAGAGUUUAGGGCAAAAGAGCGUCAUGCCAUGGUAAUGCGGAAGUUGAUCUCUAAUAUUUGUGUAGAACCAGUUGUUCAGAUACAGUAUCCACCAAUGGUGGAAUAUGAAAGUCGUAUGCAUCAUUUGUCUCAAAUGCAGCAGCAGGCUCUGAAAAACAUUAAAGAAGUGAAUCGUUCAUUGCCUUUAGAGUUGGAAAUGCGUGUAGAUGAGGAAGAUGCAGAUGAUCCAGAUGAAAUAGAGUCAAAGAAUUAUUCUGAAGACCAUGAUGAAUCUCAGGAGGAAAUUAUGCCUGUUCCUGUGGAAGUCACCAUUACGCCAUAUGAAGAAGAAUUUCAGGUGAAAGAGGAAGGCGAUUCUGUGGAUUCGUCAACCCUCCAUGAAGAAGUGGAUAUAAAAGAGGAGCAAGAAGAAAAUAAUGAAGAGGAGUUGCAGCCCCCAUUGGAAGUGAAUAUUAAGGAAGAGCCAGUAAGUUAUUUAUCAAAUAAAUAUAGCAAGGCAUCUUAUGUGUUUUUUUUAAAGUGGCCAAUGACAUUAGGUCGUCAUUACACCUCCUGCCUUGGAGUUGAUGAGGAUGCAAAUCAGGAGGAAACGACCAUGCCUGGUUUCUCUUCUGAAAUUGUUGAUAUAGAAGAAGGCCAUAAUUCAGAGGACUUUGUGGAGGAAAGCAUUCCUGUGAAAACUCAAUUGAAAAAUGGAAGACGGCAGAGGUUAGCUUCUAAAAGAGGUGAGUGUCUCGGCCAGUUUGUUGGAUUUUUGAACGCAUUGGAUACUGUGUACAGGUGUCCGAAUUGCUCUUUGUGCUACACGAGUCCCGAGUACUUAGCGGGCCAUGUGAGAAGAGGUUGUCGCUACCGUCCUACUCCCAUAAAGAAUGCUUACCUUUGUGUAAUUUGUGGAGAAGGAUUCAACAAUUAUGGACAUCUAUAUCAACAUAAGCGACAGAAGCACAGCGAUGCUUCAACAGCAGGUAAUGAAAAAAUAUUCUUAUCAGAAACCACUGUUAGAAAUAUACUGAAGUUGAGUGUCAAUGUUCCUUGUACAGUUUCAAAACCUGCAAAGGUGCCAAAGUUUCCAGCAGCUGGACAAAAUGUUCAACAACGUUCCUUUCGCUGCCCUAAUUGUCCAAGGACCUUCACUGCGUCGGGAUACUUGGUGCAACACCAAAGGUCUCAUGUGCGCCAGCAGACGGACCACUCUUGCGACUUGUGUGGAGAGAACUUGCGCCACAAGCCGCGUGCAGAGGUUGAAGCUCAUUUUGCAGAAAAGCAUUCCUCUAAGGAUAUGCAUCGUUGUGCACACUGUGACAGAAUAUAUGGUCAACGACAAAAUUUGGUAACUCACCUUCAAACUCAUGGUGAAUACGAGUGCUUCGUUUGCAAUGUACAGUUUUCCUGCCAGCAGCUCCUGACGGAACAUUUCCGUACACAUGCGACUAACCAGCCAUUUGAGUGCGAUAUUUGCCAUAAAAUAUAUUGGCAGCUGGGCCGAUAUCAUGAGCAUCGACGAAAAGCACAUAAUAUUGUUGAGAACCCCAACUCAACUCCUGUGAAAAGAAAUGUUAAAAACCAAAACAUUGAAGUGAACACUCACUCGGGUGAAAAAGCAUCAGCUGAUGAUGACGAUGAGGUGCAAGUAGUGUCUAUUGUAGUGUCAUCCAAGAAAUGAGGUCCCAACUGCAUUGGAUCCUGAGUUAAAGUGGAGUCUUAAAAGACUGAUUUUUUUAUUGUUUUUUUGUAAGAGCGUUCUGCAAUUGAAUGUAACUUUAAAAGUGGUGUGGAUGUGCUUUUGACCAGGCAUAAAGCAUGUACUCUUAGACAUUUGUUUUGUAUCUAAUGUGCAACACUCAUCACGUCAGACACUUGGAUUUGAAUGAAGGGUGGGGCACUAUCAGCAGGUAUUAUAUAUUCAAAAACUUUUAUAGUUAAAUUUUGAAGGUUUCUUUUUCUUUGAAAAUUGGAAAAAAAAUUAUAGUGUUGAAAAGACUCCAUUAAGUGAGCACAGACAUUGACAAGAGAUGGAGGAUGUCACAGACAUCAGUGUAACUUUGAACGAAACCCAUUGACAGAAGGUCUUGUUUGCAGAAGUGUGAAACUAGAUUUCUAAGUAGUUGUCUGGGGACUGGAUAUAAAUAUGAGUGUGAUAUUUGCACACCUACACACACACACACACAAUUAAUUCAACUCCUUCCAAAAGGAAUGUCAUGAACACCCAAAACAAUGAAGUGAAACCUCACUCAGGUGAAGAUGCGUCAGUUAAUGAUGAAAUUGAGGUGUAAGUGGUUUCUAUUGUUGUGUUAUCCAAGAGGUGAAGCCUCAACUAUGUAAGAACCUGAGUAAAAAUGGAGUGUUAAGACUGAUUUUUUGGGUUUAAAAUAGGUAUUCUGUAAUAAAACACAACUUAAAAAGUGGUGAAAGUGCUUAUGGUGGUACCAGGGGACGAAGUGUGUGCUCUUAGAAAUUUGUAUUACAUCUAACACUCACCAUCUGUCGCAUGGAUUUUUUUGUGACCAUCUGCAAAGAAUGUUUAAUUGAAAAUGAAUAAAAUCAAAUUUUGAUGUACUUUUGACAAUCUUUUGAAAAUUGUUGUAGAGUCACCAUUGGCUGUUAGGCAAAAAGGGGCAAGGGAUUGGGAAGAUCAUAGAUUGAUGUGACUUUCGGUACCAUGUGUAACCUUGGAUCAAACUAGACCGUUGCCUCAUUAACAGAAGUGCAAAAAUAUAUUUCCAAGUUGUUGCCUGGGCACUGAACACCAAUUUGAGUAUAUUUAUUUAUAAAUAUACACAAACACACAAUAAGUCAACUCCCAAAAGGAAUGUUGUUUCAACCCAAAACAAUGAUGUGAAAAAGCAUUAAUUGAUUAUAAAGUUUAGGUGCAAUUGGUUUCUAACGUAUUGUUAUUCUAGAAAUGGGACCCCAACUAUGUAGAAACUUAAGUAAAUUGAAGCCUUAAAGACCAUUUUAUUUUUGUUUUGUUUAAAAGAGGUAUUCUGUAUUAGACUUAACAACUUAAAAAGUGGUGAAUGCUCUUAUGUUGAUACCGGGAACGGGCAAAAUGUGUCCUUGUAGAAAUUUUAAUAUAUCUAAAACGCAACUCUCACCGUGUUGCUCACAUGAAUCUUUAAGUGACUUCACCAGUGGAGAGUGGAAAAUGUAUGAAGUUAGAUUUUGAAAUGCUUUUGACAAAUUGAAGAAGAAUUAUGAGCAAAAAUUGUAAGCACUGUAAAGCCUUUGUUGGCAUAUAGAUGAGCAAGGGCAAAAGAUGGAGGUCAUCACGGGCUGAUGCAGCUUCCAAUGAUGCGACCUUGGGUCCACCCACACUGUUGCAAGAGGAUCUCAUUCAUAGAGAGAAAAAAAGGUUUCGAAGUAGGAAUAAUUACCUGGGUACCGGACACCAAAUCUAAUGUGAUAUUUUUUUUCAGAUAAUCACAUGAUUAUUCUCAUUCACAAAUAAUUCACAGCUAGUGUUUAAUGUACAAUAUACAGAACACCUACUGUUGUAUGAUAUAUGACUGGUAUCAUUAUACUGGUAGUUUCAAAUAUUAUUAAUAAAAAAAUGUAGAAUCAGAAAUGGAAAAUGCAUAUAGUCAAUAUCACAUCAAUUACAAUGUUGACAAAGGAGUUCAUUGGAAUUACUAUAUGAAUAUAUUUGUAAUCUAAAAAUUUCCCUUAUUAAUCAUAAUUGGAAAAUAAAUUUUAACAAUUCACCAUUUCUUAUUAUUAAAUUAUUUCUUACUGUGUAAAAAUGCAAAGAGUAUGUAGAAAUGCUGGAGAUUCAAAUAUCACAUUGGAGCUAGUUCCUUGUCAACUUGCGUACAAGUUGAUUUUUGCCCUUUGGCUAUUAAGGUGCUACUGUCGUCAGACUGUUUUUUCCCUUUGCAUCAGGAGACGGGCCUGCCUAUUUAUUCCACCUCCCAGUUGGGAUCAUAUAAAACUUUAAAUUUUGUUUGUAACUCUAAUUGUCUAAAGCACUUCAAAAUUUGACUACAUACAUUUUUGAUAAUGUGCAAUCUGCAGAUAAAGUCUCAUAAAAAUCAUUAUUCAGCAUUGUGAGUGUUACAUGUAAGAAAUCAGUUAAUUGGAUUAUUCUAAUGAUCUUGUAAAUAAGAAGAAAGAAGUAUUAACAAGAGAACAAAUCAAUAGUGUGAAUGAAGUUGCUAUUAUUGUUUUAUGGAGAGGAUAGAACAAAAUGUUAAAUGUUUGUGUUGAAAUAUUCGAACUUUUAAAUUUAUGUUUUUGUCCAUAUAAUUUUUACAGUCAUGUUGUGUAGAUUUGAUAUAAAUCAUAUUUAUUUAUUUGUACUUCUCCACAGUUUAGUACAUGAAGAUCAAAACUGAAAUAUUUGUGUAUAUGUUGCCACAUACACCUAACGUAUUUUAUUGGCGAAUUGAAGAGCUUAUUUUCAAUGUGACAUAACUCCAUUCCCCCCCCUUUUUUUUUUUUCUUCUUUUUCUGUUUUAUUACUUUAAUUUUUGUCAUGCUUUCUCGAAUAUUGGGAGUAUUAGCUCUACAACGUGGAAUUUGUUCAUAAUGCUUGUUUGACUAUUGAGAAAGACUGUUCUUAAAAGUGCUUAGUAUUGAUUAAAGAAGGUAUUAUUGUGUUGAAAUUGUAAUUUUGCAUUGGAUUAUGUAUUUGAUAUUGUGUAUGAAAAGGAUUUGCUAGUGUUUGCUAAUCUAUAUCUUUUAGAUCUUAAGUAUUUUAUUGAUUAAGACUUACAUUUCAAAUUUGGGUUAAAAUUUCACCAAAGAAUAUAACGUGAAAGCAUUUAGUAAAUAUGAAUCACAGAAUGCACAGCAGCCUUCUUAUCAAGAGUGAAUUGGUCUCAUCCAAAUUCAUUGUGAUAAAUAAAUCAUGGUCUCAUCGUUUUAUAUUUAUCUUGUGAAAAUCUUCUAAAUAUAAGCUCGGUAGCACCAAAUUCUUCUAAACUUAAUUUUUUUGGCAACAUAUAUAUUUCUUCUUGUUAAAAAAAUUUGUAGGAAGGAAAACAAUUCAGUAUUUAACCCGGUGGCACGCAGGCUAGUAAAAGUUAUUCAAGUUCACAUGGUGAUCUUUCAGAUGCACUAUUUGAAUUUUGUAAUAUCUUGCUUUACAGACUGACUAUUGGAUGUUUCAGGCACAAACACACCAUAAAUAUGUUUACUGAUGUUGAAAUUUUAAAACUUUAUUAAACUACAAUAUUUAAUAAUAAAAAGAACCAGCUCUAUGUUAGAAAAUCAUUUAAGUUAUAUACAUUGUAUUACCAUCCUGAGAUUCAGGAUGCUAUAUUGCACGUGGUUUAAUUGAGACUAUUCUGAUGAUGAACAGGUAAAGCCUUUUGGUACGAAAAGGAUACUACGACAUCUGAGAGAUAGGUUCUGAGAAGGAUAGUGUUUUGACAAAUUUCUAUGAUGCUUUAUCUACUGUCAUUUGAGAGAUCAACCUUAUGUGUCUCGGGAUUAAAUGAUAUUUGAGCUUUAAUAACUCAUUGGAGUCCGUUCACAAACGUUUUCUGAAGUGAGAAAAGGUAAUGUUUUAUGAAGGUGCUCAUGCUUCAAUUUCUUUUCAACAAACAUUUUAUGCUCAUUUGCCGGUUAAAUGAUAUUCAGAAACGUAUUAGUUAAUAAAUGGAUAAAUGAAAUUAGUCUUACACUGUAAUCAGCAAGGUUAGUAAAUAGAUAUUAAGUCUUUGUUUUAUUCCCUGGGCAGAAACAUAUUUUCAGGAAAAUACAUAAUUUUAAUAAUAAUGAAAUUAAAGUUCAUAAAAAUCAUUGCUGCACUUGCUUUGAGUUGCUUAUUUUCAUGGUUAGAGAUAUCUUAACCGCAACCUGUUGUCCCCAAUAGAACUGUUAAAGUGCUGUGCAGAAAUAAAUAAUAGGAAUAUAUACACAAGAAGGCUUGGAAUGCAGCUAUGUAUUAUUAUCUGUGGUGUUUAAGGUAACUUUUCUGUGCUUACACGGGGAAACUGGUAUUUACAUUCACUCUUUAUUGAUAGGAAAACAUUUCUUUUGAAUACACGUAUGGUGAAAUGGACUUUGCCAUAGGUGUUCUGCAAAGAUGUCGUUACUGUGUAAAUCAAAUGAAGUAAAACACUGGGGUGACUGGAAUCCACAUGGCUCCCGCUUUGCAUAUUGAGAAUGAACCCCAGAGAAUUUACUUACAGACAGUGCUUGAUUAAUAAACUUUUAGUUUCUGGAACAUGUCUGAAAUUAAUGAUUAAUUUAAUAGAAAUAUUUAUAUUAUAAUUUAAUAAUUAUCUCAGAGUUAUCUGAAUGCUGUUCUGUCGUAUUCUGCCUGAAAUCA